AUGGACUCAAAUAACAUAAAACAGGGAAGGCUAGUGAAUGAAAACAGACAAGAGCAAAGAAAGCCCAAAACAGUGUUCAUUAGGGUGCCUAGUAAUGUAACACAUGAGAAUGUUUCACAGAAUCAGCGGUUAUUCCCCAUGGCUGGAUCGCCACAGAUUGCGUCAGCAAACAAAAGGGAGAAAGUGAGGUUAGCACCUCAUCAUUCUGCAAUGGAUUGGGAGCGUCGGAAAAAGACAACAAAUGUCAGAAACCUCCACCCUUCUGAAUUUCCCUUACGUGUGACCAAGGAAGAGCUGAAAAAACACCGAAAUAAGGAUGAUUGUUGGGUUGCAUUUGGUGAUAAAAUAUAUAAUAUUACAGCAUAUUUAGACUACCACCCAGGUGGUGUUGACAUCCUUCUAAAAAAUGCAGGUAGAGAUUGUACGGCCUUGUUCAUGAAGUAUCAUAGAUGGGUUAAUUAUGAAAGAAUUUUAGAUGGAUGCUUCAUUGGAUUUUUGGUUACAUAA